GCGGCGGGCGCCAUCUUUGUCGGCGGCGCGGAUUGAAUGAGCCCGCCGAGCCGCGGCUGCCAUCCGGAGCCGCCCGGGCCCUGAGCCGCCGCCACCGCCGCCACCACAGCCACCACCACUACCACCAUCACCAUGGCCACGCCACUGGCCGGCCGUGUGGGCGGGUCCGCCACGCCACUGUCGCCCACACGCCUGUCGAGGUUGCAGGAGAAAGAGGAGCUGCGCGAGCUCAAUGACCGCCUGGCGCACUACAUCGACCGAGUCCGCGCGCUGGAGCUGGAGAAUGACCGGCUCCUCCUCAAGAUCUCUGAGCGGGAGGAGGUGACCACGCGCGAGGUAAGUGGCAUCAAGAUGCUGUAUGAGUCGGAGCUGGCUGACGCCCGCAGAGUGCUGGAUGAGACGGCCCGAGAACGCGCCCAGCUGCAGAUCGAAAUAGGGAAACUAAAGUCCGAGGUGGAAGAGGCCAACAAAAGCUACAAGAAGAAGGACAGCGAGCUCACGGUGGCCCAGGGCCGUGUGAAGGACCUGGAGUCCCUCUUCCACCGGAGUGAGGCGGAGCUGGCUGCUGCGCUCAGUGAUAAGCGAAGCCUCGAGAGCGACGUGACCGAUCUUCGGGCCCAGCUGGCCAAGGCAGAGGACGGUCAUGCAGUGGCCAAGAAGCAGCUGGAGAAGGAGACGCUGAUGCGCGUGGACCUGGAGAACCGCUGUCAGAGCCUGCAGGAGGAGCUCGACUUCCGCAAGAACGUCUUCGAGGAGGAGGUGCGGGAGACGCGCCGGCGGCACGAGCGGCGCCUGGUGGAGGUGGACAGCAGCCGGCAGCAGGAGUACGACUUCAAGAUGGCGCAGGCGCUCGAGGAGCUGCGCAGCCAGCACGACGAGCAAGUGCGGCUCUAUAAGCUGGAGCUGGAGCAGGCCUACCAGGCCAAGCUGGAGAGUGCCAAGCUGAGCUCUGACCAGAAUGACAAGGCUGCCAGCGCUGCCCGUGAGGAGCUGAAGGAGGCACGCAUGCGGGUUGAGUCUCUCAGCUACCAGCUCUCUGGCCUCCAAAAGCAGGCUAGUGCAGCUGAGGACCGGAUCCGAGAGCUAGAGGAGGCCAUGGCUGGGGAGCGUGACAGGUUCCGGAAGAUGCUGGACGCCAAGGAGCUAGAGAUGACGGAAAUGCGGGAUGUGAUGCAGCAACAGCUGGCCGAGUACCAGGAGCUGCUGGACAUCAAGCUGGCCCUUGACAUGGAGAUCAGUGCCUACCGCAAGCUGCUGGAGGGCGAGGAGGAGAGGCUGAAGCUGUCCCCCAGCCCAUCGUCACGGGUUACCAUCUCACGGGCCACCUCGAGCAGCGGCAGCAGUGUGUCCACGGCAGGGCGCUCUAGCCGCAGCAAGCGGAGGCGGCUGGAGGUAGAGGAGCCGCUGGGCACAGGCUCCAGUGGCAUCACCUCGGGCGGUGGUGGCAGCGGCAGCAGCAGCCGCAGCUUCCACCUGGCCCAGCAGGCCUCAGCCUCAGGCAGCGUCAGCAUCGAGGAGAUUGACCUGGAGGGCAAGUUCGUGCAGCUGAAGAACAGCUCGGAUAAGGAUCAGUCCCUGGGGAACUGGAGGAUCAAGAGGCAGGUCCUAGAAGGGGAGGAGAUUGCCUACAAGUUCACACCCAAAUACGUGCUGCGGGCUGGCCAGACCGUCACGGUGUGGGCAGCUGGUGCGGGGGUGGCCCACAGCCCCCCAUCGACACUUGUGUGGAAGAAUCAGAUCAGCUGGGGCACAGGCGAGAACUUCCGGACAGUCCUGGUCAACGCUGAUGGAGAGGAAGUGGCCAUUAGAACCGUGAAACAGUCCUCAGCGGUUCGGGAGACCGAGAACGGGGAGGAGGGCGAAGAGGAGGGCGCGGAGUUUGGCGAGGAGGAUCUUUUCCAUCAGCAGGGGGACCCGAGGACCACCUCGAGAGGCUGCCGUGUUAUGUGAACGGAGCACAUCUUUCCUUACCCAGAGCCACUUGAAACUAUUUUUCUAUCAUUGGCUUUCUUUAGUCCUUGAUACAUUUCUAGAGAAUUUUUAAGCAAACUGCCAGAAAGUAGGGUGGGUCUCUGUUCUGUUGGUGGGUUUCUGUGGACCCUCCACCACUGUCCACACUUCCCUCAGUGCCCAUCUCCCCUGUGGGUUGAAUUCCAGACCCAGGAACCUCGUGGCCGAUGGGCUUGGACUUGGACGUCAGAGGGGCCGUGCACUUCCCCUUGCCUCCGUGACAGACAGGCCAGGGGCGGGGGGCUGCCCCUCGUGCCUGGAGGUAGACACAGGAGCUAUAGGAAUUCAGUAGUUGUCAUUUGUGUUAUUAAGCUUUUAAAAGCCAAAUUCAGAAUCCAGGUUCCUGCCCACUGGGGGCAGGGGCACGCCCUGUGGAGCCGGGAGGCUCAGCCCACGGGAACGCAGUGUGGGAGCGCUUGGGAGUCUCAUGUUUUACCGGCCACCUGGCCUCCAGGGUCACUGCAGCCCCUCUCCGAGGGCUUUGGGUGGCAGGCGAGUUCGUCCACCUGUUUGACUCAGGGUGCCAUGGCCGUGUCAGGGGGGGCCCCUCAUUCCCCUCCUGGCUGCCUGACCCUUGUGUUUCUGGAACAAGACCAGUAGGACAGGAGACAAGGAAACCUGAGGACAGGGACACUUCUGAUCAAAGACAAGUAACCAGGUGAACCGUGGGGACAAGUGUGACAACCUUGGCAGCAAACGCCUUGGGUUUCAGAACCGUGUCUACAUGUAACCACCACGCCCCGCCCCUCACACACUCACACACACCUGCCCGGGGCUGAGUGCCAGCCCCCUGCCUCUCCUAUGUAUUCCGCAUAUAUAGCGCUCUUCUCGCUUCUAUAGAUAACUUGCUGAAAUGACAUUGCUCAGGCCACUGCCAACUGACUUCUUUUAGGGUGGUUCCAUGUCACGAGCCAUCUCUGGCCGCCCAGCGACUCUGCAUUAGCCUACCGUUUACAGCCCUCCACCUAGAUACACAGAAAUUAUUUUUUUAAUGGAUAUUUAUUUUUUUACAUUGGUCAGUACUCAGAUUGCCGAUCCUGCUUCAGUGGCUCAGGCCAGGGUCCCAGGGACAGUCCCUGAGGGGGCUGUCUCGGUGAGGUCUGAGCCCCCGGGUGGCAAACUCCUUCGGAAAGGCAGCUCAGAUACUGGGACUGGGCAGGCAGUCUCAGAGCCAUCUGACGUCCGGCCCUGCAUCUCCCAGCCGGGAGAAGCCAGUUGCCCAUUCGCCCUGUGCACACCCCCAGGCCUGCCUUUCCUUGGGAACUGGUUAUGGUGAAGUGGGGCGGAGGCCAGAGCCCCUGUGGCUGACAAUCUAAAGGUGCUCUUGUGCCUGGAAUUCACCCACGACCCUUGCUUCACCUCCAGUUCUUCCCAGGCCAUGGAGGGACGUGUGUCACCACAGCACCUCAUGGAAGGUUCUGGUGGGCCCUGGAGCACUCACCUGCCCUGGGGAUGCAGCAUGCUGUAUACGCCACCCACACCUCUCCUGGGAGUGCUUGCAAGGGCCCCUGAGGCCGAGGGUUGUCACCCCCCACCCCUCACCUAGAAGCAAGAACUGCGUGGCCAGCAAGGGUCUGGGGAGUCCACAGUGAGGUACUGGGCUGCUGGGGCGUGGCGGCCCCCCAGACAGAAGGGGCACCGACACCCAGUGACAUGUUCUGGGAAUCUGAAGGAUCAAAACUGUGCUGGAGUUUGGGUCUGUGAUUUGCUAACAGUCUCCCCUAACCCCAAGUCACAGAGAGGAAGGGAGAGGGCCCCCUAGUGCCUGGCAGACGCUUUGGCGGGAGCUGGGGAGUGGCUCAGGCUCCACCCAAGGUGAGUUCACCCAAGGGUCAUCCAGGCAGGGUGAUGAUGCUCCUGGGUAAUCAAGUAUUUGAAACAGAAAUCAAUGUGAAAUUGAUUGCUGUGGCCUGGGAAACAGUGCACAUGUCCUUAAAUAAGCUUAGCUUUAGGCCACUUAAAAUGAGGCAGAAGCGACGCCUCGGUCUGAACCCAUCAUGUGACAGCCCAGCAUCCCGCCCAGGAACCAGCAGUGGUGAGGGGUGGCCUGCAGGGACCCCCAAGUCCAGAGCCCAGACCUGGGUGCCCACCCCGUACACGAUCACUUGGCUGGUUUGCUGGCCAAGGCUCUGAUGCACAGACCCUGCGGUUCUGGUUCCGUUCACAUGAGCACACCCAAGUGGGACUCAUUCCUCCAGGCUGGCAGAGCCACGUGAGGGGUCGAGUCCAUGCUGCAGCGCGCCAGCACGAGGUGGAGUCAGCUUCCAGAGCUGUGGUGUGUCUUUCAUUUCAAACAGGUCUUGGUGGUUUUCAAGGUGCAUGCCAAAUGCGUGGUCUUUUUUUGUUCCUCCAAUGCUUUGUAAUAUACAUUUUCUGACUGGAAACUUUUUUUGUACAACACUCCAAUAAACAUUUUGCUUUUAA